ACACAACAAACCCUUAUAUUAUCAUCUUGCACAAAUCCAACCCCUCUAGUUGUUACAACUUUUUACAAUGUACAUAAAUAUUGACCAAACAUCGACUUUUUCAAUUCUAGACCGAUUCAACCUGCAAAACCUCCAUUGAUUCAUCCUCCUCCAGCUUCAUUGACACAACAAUGAUCCGGUUCAUACUCCUUCAGAACAGGCAAGGUAAGACUCGUCUCGCGAAGUAUUACAUUCCUCUAGAAGAAUCGGAGAAGCACAAGGUCGAAUAUGAGGUUCAUCGAUUGGUGGUGAAUAGAGAUCCGAAGUUUACUAAUUUCGUUGAGUUUCGUACGCACAAAGUUAUCUAUAGGCGAUAUGCCGGACUGUUCUUCUCCCUAUGUGUUGAUAUAACUGAUAACGAGCUAGCAUAUUUGGAGUGCAUCCAUUUAUUUGUAGAAAUACUGGAUCACUUUUUCAGCAACGUGUGCGAGCUAGAUUUGGUCUUCAACUUCCAUAAGGUGUAUCUGAUACUAGAUGAGUUCAUUCUUGCUGGGGAACUCCAGGAAACAAGCAAGAGGGCAAUCAUAGAAAGAAUGGGGGAGUUGGAAAAGCAAGAGUGAGGUGUGAUUUCUUUGUUGUGGUGUGUUCAUAAGCUCGGUUUUAUUUUUCCGCAUCUUGAGAUUGAAUGUGUAAUUUGUGUUUUUAUCAUAUUUGUUUAGUGUUAUUAAACACAAGUUUUACUGCUUACUAAAGGUCAACGUAUAACGGAUCUUAUAUUGAUGGUUGCAGUAAGUCGCGAAUUAUAUUUUAAUUUUCUUCUACUUGUAAGUACAUUCUUAUAAAGGUUUUCAACAGUCAUUGGUUUAAA